UGAUAAAGGGCAUCACCCCAGGACCCUGCAACAGGUACGGGCCAAAGUAAAAGAACUGCGCCAGGGGUACAUGAAGACCCGAGAGCAAUGCUCCUCAUCAGGUGCAGCCCUGGUGCACUGUGCCUACUACAGUGAACUUGACCGCAUCCUUGGAGGCCAGGAACCGAUGUCGGCACCGGUGCUCGUCCAGACUGGGUUGCCCAUAUCGGUGCAGCAGGCACGGCAGGAGGUCUCCCAGGAAGAUGUGGAGGAGGGGGAGGAGGAGCAGCAGACACAGGAGACCGUGACACUGACCCUGCAGCCUGUCCCGGACACCAAGGAAGCCUUGCGGCCAUCCUCUGACCCAGGCGAAGGAACAUCAGCCAGACCUGCUGCAGCUGACUGCCGGGCAACACCGGUGCCACCACCCACCCAGUCCCACAGCACCUGCAAGCAUUGGAGGGCCUACAAUGACCUCCUGCAGUGGCAUGUCGACACCAUGGAGAAGAUGGAGGGGACCAUGGCAAAAAUCCAAGAGCCUAUGGCAGAGAGAACCGGGAGGAGGCGGGCUGGCAUGAUCACCUGCUCACCGAGUUCCUCCCCCAGUGGAGUGCAUGUGCACCACCGUCCGGGAGGCCCUGGCUGUGCCAGAUCCUCCUCCCCUGGGGUCUCCUCCUGUCCAUCCAGCUCCUGCCCCCCUUCCUCUCCCUCAGCCCCUGCUACUCCUCCUGUCCUGCUACCCCACUGCCUCCCUGCUAGAGCAGAGCCUUCUGGAGCCCUGACUCGAGCCCGAGGACGUCAGGGUCCACGGACACGAGGAGGUGGCAAAGUCUUUCGGCCCAGGCGAUAUCGCCAGGAUCCUUAAGCUGUCUGCCCUUCCUCCUCCACAUCCGUUUCUCCCUCCCUCCAGGUUGACAUUC